GAGUUCAAUUAGCGAAUUACCAAUACAGAAUAUGACAUGCAUAUGUCAAAAUAUUUCUUUUUAAUAUUUGGAAUACAUUAUAUUCAUACUAUUGCAAAUAUAGGCAAAGACGGAUAUUGUAAAAAAGAAAAUGUAACUUUCAAGACCACUAAUGGAACUGACACUUCACAGAAAAAGUUUUGUUGUACACAUUAUGAAAAACAAAACAACAAGUGUAAAGAAUGUAAGGUAGGAUACACAUCUAGAAAAGGGAAACCAUGUCAUCCAUGUGAAGCUGGCAUGUAUGGCAAAAAAUGUGUACACACUUGCAAAUGUGAAGGUAGUCAAAGAUGUCAUCAUGUAACAGGCUGUAUUGCUAAAGAUAAGACAUCCAAAGCGGGAAGGCAGAAAGAAGAUCAAAAACCUAAAGAUGUUGUAAUAUACAUGUCUUGUGUUGCUGUCUUUGGACUUCUUCUUGCAGCUGCUUUUUCAGUUUGGAAAUAUAGGCAAACCCUUUUACGGGUAAUAUCUACUUGGAAAAACAGACAACCUUCAUUUGGUGAACUUCGCACGGGAAAACAGUUCAAUUUCAAACCAGAUGAAAAUGAUCGGUCAUCCAAAUCUGGACUUGAAAACAUAUAUUCUGUCAUUAAUGAAAAGGAAAUGCUUCAAAUUUGCGAAAUAGAAUAAAAAAAAAAUUCAGAGAACCAAGAAACGAACAUUGUUAUAGAGUCAUAUAUAUAUAUUUUCUACGCCGAUGUUAACAUAGAAGACUUUUUUUUUCCCUCAAUUAGACAAUAUGAAAUUUUCUACUACUUUUAAUUGAAAUAAAAUUAGAUGCAUUGCGGUCA